AUGUCACAGACACGAGGUACAGGGUCUCAAAGACUCCAACUACAAACCUCCCAUGCUAUGAUGCUCACUAAGCUAGACCUUCCAGGAGAUCGCAAACGGAGAGUUAAUUUGAAGAUAAGUGAGGUCCCUGACGACAUCAGCCCGGCGGAACUACCCCACCACCUCCGGCACCUGUUAACCAUUAUCUUGCCGCAUGCACAGGCCAAAAAACUAAUGUAUGAUGCCUGCACAGACGCCAUCUACAGCCACCCGAGAUGUGAUCAAUUUCGAGUCAUCCCAUAUCACGUUCUUCCAGGGUUGAACCAGAAACACGCUGCAAUGGAGAAGGUCCUUAGGCCCGAUCACCAAUCAACUGCAUACAGCUGGAGUACAUACCUAGGACUCUGA